UUUGUUCUUGCAGACGAGAAUGAAUGCCUGCAAAAUCCCUGCCAGCACGACUGUACAAAUACAUUCGGAAGUUAUACCUGCCAAUGCCAUUCAUGCUAUACCAAACUUGGAAGACUGUGUGAACUGAGACAAUGCAAAAUUAGUGGCUCAUGUUACGCUUAUGGAGCAGUCAACCCCAGCAAUAAGUGUCAGGUGAGAAAAAAAUAUACAAUAGAGAGUUUAAGAAUUGACACGCACGAGUCCGGUAAUUGCUCGUAGAACGACAAGUUUUUACUCAAAUCACGUCGUUUGACCGAAAUUGCACAAUGCGUUCGGGGCUUUUCACAUUGCAUCAAGCUGCUACUUCAUCCAGUAUUUUUAAACGAAUUCAUAUCUAGCAUCCUAUUUUUCAUUUGGAUUAACAAUUCAUUUAUAACCUCAAAAGCACUACUAAGGACAAGGUCCUGUACUCUUCAACAACUAAGAAGGUCGAAUCCAAUACACAAUUUUAAUAUCUGCUCCAUCAUGUAUACCGAUUUCACCUCAGCAGUAUAAAAAAAAAAUGUACGUACAGGUUGAUGAUGAGGGCUUCAAGCGUCAACAUGCACUAGAUAACAUAGCAAAACCCAAAGCCAAACAUUGCGAUAAAAAGCUGAUUUUUUUCUCGCACACGCCAUUUUAAGAUAUGCCACACUGAUUGUGAUGGAUGUACCAUCCAAACAAUUUGUCCGCUAAAUUUAAAAUGUUGUAAAGUUGGUGAGGGAAACUAUCUAAGUAUAUUGUUGCGGUAGUCUAAACCUUUUGGUUCAAAAAAGGCUAAUUAAUAAAUUUGCUUCUGACAGGACUGUAACAGUGCCAACAAGAUGGCCUGGACAAACAAUGACGCAUUACCUUGUAGUGACGGUGUGGCAUGCACUAGGAACGACCGUUGUUCAGGUGGUGUUUGCUCUGGAACACCAUUCACUUGCCUUUCGUGCGAAGAGUGCUACAAUGAUGCGUGUAGCGUUAAGCCCGGUUACUGUGUUAUUCAGGAUGGUGGAGUUAAGAAGUGUUUUGCCCAAGGCACCUUACGUCCAGGAUCUCAGUGCCAGGUACAAAGCCGUAAAUAUUUGUUUACUGGGCUGCCUGUGGCACAGUCCAAAUAUAAAAUUAGCUUUUUCCGCCGAAAAAAAGGCAAAAUGGCGGAUGGACCACCUAAAAGGCAUAGCAUGUCCUACCCCCUCUAACAGGGCCUCUUAUUUGACUUUUCUCUGGAGAUAAUGGGUCAUUUCAAGAGGGAAAAUUGCAGAAAAAAGUAUUUGCGAGACACCCUAGAGAUUUUUUUGGAUUUUGAUUUUUGUCCCCCUUUCGAUCAACCCAGUCACUUUAACUCUGCAGAACCCCCUCCACCUUAGUAUAUCUAACUUGAUCCACAAAUGCACCUCUAUAUCUCUAUCUUUAUUUCUCGGGAUAGGAGUAACUAGGACUAGCUAUACAGUCAGUUAGAGUAGAAAGUAUUAUACCACUACAGCCCAAUAAGUGUCUUGUUUUGAAAAAAAAAAAGUUUAUCCAAUGUUUAUCCCGUUCUUUGAUUUGCCACUCAAACUCGAGAGGGUACCCGCUUUUGAUAACGUGAACGGCACAACACUCAUUAAAAUAGAUUUAGUUUAAAAGACAGUUGGUGCCAAAAUGUUUUACAACAUUAAAAUGCCGCAACUGAAGAAUCUCUGAUUUGCGAUCUUAAAAGAGCAGAUCACGGAAUCUUCAGUAAGACAGCCAAACAAGGACUUUAGGACAACGACUAAGGGCGAAGUGUUGUCUAAGGUUGGAAUGGAUCGCUAUCACGCCGAGUGGCCCAGCUAUUCGAGCACAGUGCCUUGCUCUUACGCUUCUCCGUUUAUUAGUCUUAUAUGUUUAUUUCAUGGAUAAACCUGGAUAACAGGUGGUCACUUAGGUACGUAGGCUUUCAAAAUUUUCAUUUCUUAUGGCAACCGAUUCAUCAAUGACUUGUCUAUGUCGUUAAAGUCGUCGCUUUUUCUGGUAAUUUAAGAAGCGUUUUCUAAUUAAACUGUCUCUGUUAGUCUCCCGCACUAAUUUACCUUACAGUUUUCUGGCUUCUUAAAUUAACAUGUUCUCUUCCAGGAAUGUGACAGCAACAACAAAUAUAAUUGGACCAACAAUAACAAUCUUCAAUGUAGUGACAACAACUUAAAGACCAAAGAUGACCGAUGUAUCAGAGGCGCGUGCCUAGGCACCCCGUACAACUGCCUUCCGUGCGAGACACAUGACGGACGCGGCUGUCCAAUCAACCCAGGACACUGCAUUAUACAAAAUGGCAACCAGAGGAUUUGCUACGCUAAGAAUCAUUACAAACCAGGAAACCCUUGUCAGGUAGAAAGAUAGCGCUUUCGCACUGUACUUGGUAUCCUAUUGUAUUUUAAUCUGUGAUAAGGUAAAUACUGUGAAAGGGAUUCAAUGAAGCCCUCUGAGGUAAGAAUGGGUUUAUAACAGAUGAAUUCUGUAAAAAAAUGCCAGCAACAACAAAUGAAAACACAUGAUACACCAAUUCAUCCUGAGGCGGGCUGCCUGGUCUCAAACCUGAUAAGUAUGUUAAACUCGCAAGAAUAGUGCAGGGGAAAAGAAAAACAGUGUGGUUGAUGAAAUGGCAACGAAACUGAAAAGUGAUUCUUUUUUCUUUUGGUCCUGAGAAAGUUGAGCGUUUCUGUUCCCUUUGUGUUGCAAAAGAUGUAUGCAAGCGCCAGUACUUUACUUGGCGAUAAAUACCCAGUACAAGGAAUAUGCUUUAAAAACCGGUGAUUCAGAAACACACCCGCAAUGGCAGACGCCAUUCUCCCAACACUUGUCAUCGCGCUAACGUCAUUUACUUUGGGAACAAACACCACAAAUAUUUACUAACUACAAGUCUGAUAACUUUUUGGUUUCCAUCUAAUUUUAAGUGGUGUAAUCCAAGCAGCAGCACGAGCACCUGGACAAAUCGCGAAGGCGUGGCAUGUGAUGAUGGUGACAAGUGCACACGUGGUGACACAUGUCGCAGUGGCCAGUGCAGUGCCACACCAUUCACAUGUAAUUGGGUGUGCCAGUACUGUAAUGGCUAUAACUGCAGUCUGAAAACAGGAUUCGGAUUGGUAAACAACACGUGUAUGUGCAAGAUAGCAGGUGUGUAAAUGAAUUUAUAAAGCAAACUCUUACCAUCCACGCAUUUUCUUGGGGCACUCGGACGAUAUUGCGAGGGUCCUGGACUUAAUCUAAAGAUGAUUUUCUAAAUGAGCGCUUGCUCGCAGGUUACCUUGCAGCAUGAUUUCUAAGAGAUAAAUCAGCUAGUAACCGCAAGGACAAAAACAGGAUGGCUCAUAGACAGAAUUAGAGUUAACGUAUCUUGUGCACUAAAGAAAAUUUCUUAUGGAAGCCCGAGAAAAUGAAUGUCAAAUUUCACAAAAUGGCAUCUUACACAUGAAAUUUUCAGAAUUUUACCUGUGUUUUCACAAUUCCUGUGAAAUUUGACAUUCAUUUUCUCUGACUUCCGUGAGAAAUUUUCUUUGGUGUUAUUACAGAUGACUAAUUACAUCUUUAGCCCUUGAAAAAUCUAAAAAAGAAUGCAAUAUUCUGUACAUUAUUCUGGUACAAGAUUUUUGUCCACUGAAAAUCAAAAUUACUCAAUUUCCAGCUGGUAGAUUCCGUCUUAACUUGCUGAAAACACAAAAAAGGUGGGAAUGGGUUUCCGUUCCUGUAUUGAUUUUGGGUAUACUUUUACUUUCUUUGAAGUCUGAGAUUUAACCUCCGACAAUAAGAUUUACAACGUAGGCGCUACAUGAUUACCAAAUACAACACACUCUUUUCUUCAUACCCGGUAGGUCAAGACUAUGGACACCAGACCAUAAAUCCAUCAAACCAGUGUCAGUGGUGUGACCUGUACGACCCAACAGCUCGUGCUAACAGUGUCUGGUCAAACCGCCCUGAAGUAACUUGUGAUGAUCAAGAUGCAUGCACCAAGCAGGACACUUGUAAUGCCGGCAGGUGCUGUUAAAAGUCUUUUUACUAAAAACAUUACAAGGGAAAUUGCUCUAAUUAAAGGUCGAUUUGUAUGGUGGAAAAAUCAUUGGUCGGAAACCGUAAACUGGAGACUCUAGAAAAAGGCUUAAAAUCUUCACUAGAGAACUAAUUCUCCAAUGUAAUCAGAAAGAUGAGAACAAAAAUACUUGAAUACCGUACUCUCUUACCUUUCUCCAUACGGUUAAACCAGUAACCUCCAACGUCACCUCUUGGCAGACCCAAUAGAUGCCGACUCUGAAUAUUUGGAAGGUUUCCUAUUAAGGGAAUUUGGCCGUUAGCAGAUCUUAAAACUGAUAUACAAAACUAUAAACGAUAUAUUUUACUGAAAACAUGGAACAAGCUCUUUUUAUAUCAGGACCAUUUCCUACCUAGGCAUAUCCUGUUAUGUUACUAAUGCAAACUGUUUUUUCCUUCCAUUUCCUUUAAAUUUUAUUUUGAACAAAUAUAUAUGGACUGUUCUAUCCUCUUUUAACUCUGAACAGUGGCGGAUCCAGGGAAGGGGCCCGGGGAGCGCCCCCCCCGCCUAUUUUUGGACCAAACUGAGGCCCGAAGGCCCGAAACAAGUUUUUUUGAGGCCGCUUCCCCUUAUCUGAAGGUCUGAUCCGCCACUGCUGAAGCAUCUGCAUUGUAUGUGAGCUAGUUAGAUUCCAGGCUUUCUAACAUAUAAAAUAAACAGCAAGACAAGAAAAGAAUUCUUUAGGAGGUUAAACUACAAUCGCAGCAAACGUUCACCCUAUAUUCACCGGGUUACAUCCGGGGCACAGGAAUGGAUGGGGAAUUGGGAGGGCCUGAUAUGCCCACCCGGGACAUGAAACCGUGGAUACGGAUAUGAAAUCGUAUUCAGCGUGAAUAGCAGGAUUGAUUGGAAUGGAAGUUACCUUGGAACCGCCUUUUCGGACUUAAAUUAUUUUAAACAUUGGACAAAAUUUUCGUUAAGUAAUGUUGCCUGAGCAGCUGUUUCACUAACUCCGUGAAAGAAUGGUCACGGCAAGGCGAGUGCGUCCUUCCAACCGAUCCUGUGAAGUAAGAUUUAACGAAUUGUGGCAUUUUCAUCAGGUGUGUAGGCCAACCAUACUCUUGUCAGUCAACUUACCCGUCUUCAAGUUGUAUCAAGACUUCCCAUUGUGUUGGUGAUGGAACGUGCAGACCCAUUAUGAGAGCAACAGGGACCAUUUGCCGACCUCCUGUCGACGUCUGUGACCAGCCCGAAAGGUAAUGACCUAUGAGGAGGACGUCUCUGUAGUAAACAAACAUAUCCUUGUUUGUGUGCGAAAUGUUCAUGUGCUCUGGAUCAUUGCACCCUUUUUCUCAAAUGGACAGUAAAAAGUCAAUUAUAUUUGAAACCAUUUGGAAAAAAUUCUUCUUACAUGUCAAGUGAAUGGUAACGAUUCAGUGUUAACAGUCCGGUUACCUUUGGAUUGGUAUCCAUAAACUCUGAAACGGUUGCUCUUUUUUUGUUGUUUGGGGGAGGGGGGACAAUCACGUUUACGAUAUAAGAUGCUACUCCCUCACAUUAUAGUACGAUCAUCAUUUUCCAUAAGCUCUUCGAAAUUUCUGAUCAACUUUUUCUUCCCUUAAGAAGGGAUCGGGAAAAAAAAGGGGUGGUUUGAUAUGGAAGACGCUAGCAACACAGUCCCCAUUUAUUAUGUAGGUGUGAUGGUAACCUUGGGACAUGUCCCGCUGCAGUGCAAGACAGCAUUAACAUGACAACUGGCACAGCCCAAUUCAUGGAUAGCACAUUUCAGUCAGUUGUUAGCUAUCAGUACCUCACUGACAAACUCUACCUUCGUGUCUCCGGCUUUUCUGUCUCCUGUGGCCAUUUGAUGUUCAGAUGGUUUUUGCUAUCUUCAUCUUCCGCCUGCAACACUGCAUCACCAUUGAACGGGACAUUUCCUAACAGUAACUCGCAGCAAACUAUUACAGGUAGGUAGAUGUAAUGUUUCUAAAAUAAAACACUGCUCAGUUAUAAAUACACCAGUUCCAACCAUUUAAUGCUCGUAGUUAAAUCAGUUAAAUGCAACGCAGUUACAUCAGAAGAUGUCUUAAAGAUUAUAGACCGGACUCUCCUUUUAGUAUAAAAAAAUUUGAAAAAUACUGUGCAACGCAAAACUUCGAUGAUUUUUCCAAGGUUUACCAAAAUUUGUACGAAAAGUGGUUUUUCCGUGCCCUUUCAUGCUUAUUUUGAUAAACUUUGUGAAUAUCGCUACCCUUUUAGGCUGACUUCCUUCUUAUGUUUUGUUUGUAAACUGUAUUUGGAGGUCACCCCUUCGCGAUUGAUACACGACUUGCAGGGGCUUUCGCAGGCUUUUAACAAAGAGGAAAGGAGGCUAGAAGUCGUCUGAAAUUAGUCACUCAGGAAAGCGUAAUUUAAAAGGCGUGCCUAUGUCACCUGUACAUUUGACAAAAUUUACUGACUUUCCUAGAAUUGUCAUCUCUCAGUCAUCUAACAUUAAACUCAUCUAGAAGCAGGGACCGGACGUUUUUUCAUAGUUAACGUGCAUAGGAGCACGAGAACACUUCUGCACACUAACAUAGUAGCCCGUAAGUCGUAAUAUAAGGAGCAGAGGGAGGGGGCUCCGGAACCCUCAAAGUACCAAGGGUACGUUCCCUGACUUGCACAGAACCCAAAAGUCUUCCAAAGCAUGUCUGCUCAUGAAUUUGUAAGACUGGUCAGAGGUCCAUUUGCAACUUCUCGCUUCGGAAAAGGAAGGAAGUUGAAAAUUUGACUUUUUAAGCAAAUGUCUGGUUACUGUUGAUCCAGCUUUUUCUAUGACCGUGGAGAAACAUUGUUUGAACGUGAGACUCUUCUGAAGUUUUCGGUACCCUUAAGUUGAAUGAAUCCAGGCCACAGUUGUUCAAAAGGUAGAUAACGCUAUCCACCGGAUAAGUACUAUCCACUGGAUCGCACAAUUGGUUUCCCUAACACUUAUCCGUUGGAUACCGCUAUCCAACUUUUGAACAACUGGGACCAGAACUCAUUCGUUUGCUCAUAUCUUGUUUUCGCGUGUUCAUAGCUUAUCACAUGCAUGAAACUUUUACAGGACCUAUUCUCCAGGAUAACAACAGUUAUAAAGUUUCCAUACAAGCCUCGGAUAUAAGAAACAACGUACCUCAGCUUGUUUGUAGUGGUGUGAUCGUCAUUGAUACAUCGAAGCCACAAGGUGGUUGGAUUCGCGAUGGGUCUGGAGCUGACCUUAGUUACCAAGACGGAAAAUUAUUGCAAGUAAACUGGGGCGGAGUACAAACAAGACACGGUGUAAGAAAGUACGACUGGAAAGUUCUCAUAACCCCCAUUAACACAAAUCAGACCACCGAGCUUAUGCCAUUUACGACUGUUUAUCAGAACACUAGCGCACAAAAAUCUUUUAACAGCAUCACAGACGGCUCAAAAGUGAAAUUCGUUGUUCGAGCUUACACAAAAGCGGGACUAUUUUCAGACCUUACAAGUGACGGGGUUGUCAUCGACACGUCACCACCUAUUGCAGGAAAGGUCUAUGAUGGUAGUCAGGUCGGCUUUGAUUUGAAAUUCGCUAAAUGGGCAAAAACGUUCAGCGCAAACUGGAACAUCUUUACUGAUUCUCAUUCUCCCAUUUCACGAUACACUUGGGCGGUAGAGCGGGUAGGCACCGGAUUAAUCACCUCAUUUAAGGACACAGACCUUAACAGCAUUAGUACAGCAACUAACCUUAAUUUAGUUUCUGGUGAGAGCUACUGCGCAGUUGUCACAGGUUAUAACGAGGCUGGUCUUUCCACCACGGUCAAAUCAGACUGUGUGUUGAUAGACCACGAUGUACCGCUCGCUGGUACUGUAAAUGAUGGACUCUUUCAUGAUGUAGACUACCAAUCAGAAGAUACCAUGGUGGCAGCUAAUUGGAAUGGUUUCAGUGAUGGAAGUAAAGGGAGCGGAAUUGUGGAGUACAGAUACAAAGUCACAGAAGACAGUGGAGGUAUAAUUGUUCCCUGGACAUCUGCUGGCAAUGCCACUAACAUAACGCUUAACGGGUUGGUUCUUAAGAAUAACACUAAAUACUUCGUUACCGUUAAAGUAGUCGAUGCAGUGGGACUUAGCACUGACAUUACUACGGAUGGUGUUACUGUAGACACAACACAUCCUGUGUUCACAGGAAAAGUGGUCGUUACAGGGGUAAAUGACGUUAAAAAUGGAACAUCGUGUGUUUACAUUUCAAGUAUAUCAUCAGUAAAAGUACAGUGGAUUGGUUUCUCAGACGCACACAGCGGACUUCAGCGAUAUGAAUGGGCAAUCAUCCCCGCCGACAAGUCACUGUCAAACUCUGACUUGACAGAAGUUUCUGGGUCCAAUCUGCCUACAUCUGCAACAUUUCACAACCUAGCACUUAUUCAAGGAAAAGAAUAUUAUGUCAUUAUAAGAGCUUACAAUAGAGCUAAGUUAUAUAAAGACGCGUAUUCAGUCCUUGUGAUACCUGACUCCAGCCCUCCAUCCCCUGGAGAAGUGUUCGACGGAGCAACAUACGAAGUGGAUAUCGACUAUCAGGCUGAGAUUCAUCGUGUUUAUGGGUCUUGGGACGAUUUCCCCGAGCCUCAUACUGCGGUCAAGCAGUACCACUAUGCGGUGGGAAGCUGUAUCACUGGAAACUACCACGUGACAGAAAAUGCAUUCGUCAAGCUAGAUCCUCCAACGGCCACUUCUUUUGUGCUAUCGAACGUCACACUUGUUAAUGGUCAGCGAUACUGCGUGAAAAUCAAAGCUGAAAACAAAGCUGGUUUGUUUAGUAACGAGGUAUCCUCGGAUGGCUUUGUCGCCGAUGUGACACCACCGGAUACGCGAAACGCCCAGGUGCGAGACGGAAUGACAGGUUCGGACAUCGACUUUCAAGACAACACCACAGCAUUAUCAGCACAGUGGGACGGUUUUGCGGACCGCGAAUCUGGAAUUCAUUAUUACGAAUACGGAAUAGGCAAAAGUCGUGGCAAAAAUGCCGAUGUUUUUUCUUUCAAAAAUAUAGGCCUUAACACUUCAGCUACUGCGGGUGGCCUAUCAUUAAGUGACGAUGUCUAUUACUUCAUCGUCUGUGCCGUAAACAAGGCCGGGCUGCGCCAGUGCCUCAGCUCAGAUGGCGUUCUCAUAGAUUUCAGCCCUCCGAGCCUUGGGGUGGUGAACGACGGGAUUAUUGAACCCGAUCUCAAAUACCAGUCUUCUUUGUCAAGUAUGGCUGCUAACUGGGAAGGAAUCUGGGACUUGGAAAGUGGAAUCGAAAAAUUUGAGUGGAGCAUUGGAACCAGUACAAAUGACAGGACCAGUGUUCAAGGCUACACUGAUGCUGGACUCUCAACCCAUGUUAGAAGUAAAGCUGUUCUUAAUCUAUCAAGUGGAACAAAAUAUUACGUUCAUCUUAAAGUCACAAAUCAGGCAGGAGCUGUUAGAGAACUUGUUUCAGAUGGCGUAACAGCAGAUGGGACACCUCCGAAGCCAAGCGUAAUCUACCCAGGUUUUGGGCCGCAAGGCGAAUGGAUAUACAGCGACAAAGAAAGUUCCUUCUACUCUGCUUCAGCAUCAAGCAUUGCAGCUUACUGGACCCGAUUCGCCGAACCUGAAAGUGAGGUAUGGUACUACAAGUGGGCAAUAGGUACAAGCAAAUGUGGCACUCAAGUGCAGCCACUUGUUAACAUUGGCCGGUUAAACUACGCCAAUACGACAACGACUGAUCUGGUCUUUAGAUCCGGUAUUAAAUAUUACGUUACCGUAACAUCAAGAAAUCGAGCUGGUCUUGUGUCACAGUCAUGCUCAGAUGCCCUGAUCUUUGACAGCACUCCACCUCGUGCGGGAAAAGUUUACGUUGGACAGUCUUCAAACAGCCACAGAAGGAACACCUUCCAUGUCGGGAAGGGUAUUACUAUUUCAUGGAAAGAAUUUAGAGACCGUGAAAGUGGCAUAAGCAAAUGUAAUACCUCUGUAGAGAAUCAAGUGGGUGACGUUCUGUUCGUCCACAGUAGCAAUGAAACUUUAGGCAAUAUCUCUCUUCCUCGCCAUGUCCACCUUUUUCAUGGCGAAAGCUACAGUGCAACUGUUGAAUGUACAAACGACGCAGGCCUUUCUUCCUGUUCAUCUACCACUUUCGUAAUCGACGACACACCUCCCAUUCAGAACGGCCCCAUUGUAGCCGGUGUUUCACGUGAUCAACAUUAUCAAUAUCAGUCGGACAAAACCUCUGUAACAGCCACUUGGCCUCCAUUUACAGACCCAGAAAGUGAUAUCAGAAAUUAUCAAUUCGCCAUGGGAACUCGACCAAGCCUAGACGAUAUUAUUAGCUUUGAAGACGUUCAUCUCGCAACUCGAGUAAACAAAAAUGACCUAAGUCUUCUUCAGGGAGCUGUCUAUUACAUAACAGUGAUAGCAACGAACUUUGCAGGUUCAAGUACAAAUGUAUCAUCGCUUGGACUGAGGAUAGACACUACACCUCCCUUGGGUGUCAAUGGCUGCGUCCAUGAUGGACCAAGUGGUGACGAUAUAGACUUUUUUUCUCCUAAUAUGGACCUUGCAGCGCACUGGGAGGAGAUUAAUGAUGCUGAAAGUAGUAUCGUAGAAAGCAAGUACUGUAUUGGAACAAAGCCUCGCGGUUGCCAGAUUCAAACAACCAGAAGUGUUCAAGGAAAUAAAUCGUUCAUCUGCCCGACAUGCAAAGCGAAUCCAGGAGAACGAGUUUUUGUUACAGUAACAGCCACAAAUGGAGCGGGCCUGUCAGUGACUCGCAGCUCCAAUGGAAUGGUAUUAGAUGUUACUGCUCCUCGUAUGGGCUCCGUUAUUGACGGAAGUCAUGUAACAGGUGUUGACUACAAUGUCGUUCUUGAAGAGUGGAAUGUCUCCAUGUCUUGGUUUGGUGUGGAGGAUCAUGAAAGUGGUGUAAAAUUGUGCUUAUGGCGAGUACAGGACGCAGAUGGUUACACAGUGCUUGAAAGUGAGAUAAGAAAUAAUACAGUCUACGGACAAAAGAAAGUCUUUACUCGCCCUCACACAUACCUUGAACUAAACUUUUUACAAAAUGUCACUUACUAUAAUGUACUAACUUGUUGGAGCAAAGCAAGACUGCACAGCACAGCUCGUUCAAAUGGGUUUCGGGUGCAAUCUGUCUGGCCUGUUCCGGCUUCCGUUAGAAAUGGCAAAAAACAAGGUGUUAAUCUUGUCUAUACAACGAGCACUAGAAUUAUUGGCGCCAACUGGGAUCCUUUUACAAGCGACAUGACGGACCCAGUUGUUGACUAUGAGUGGGCCGUUGGCACGGCUGUCGGUAAAAACGAUAUCCUACGUUUUACUAGUGUAGGCCUCAAGACGAGCAUUGAAAGAGACUUGGCACCCAACGCACCAGGAGUUGACGUUUUGGUUGCUGGUCAGAAGCAUUACAUCACUAUAAAAGCUACGUCUGCUGCCGGCUUGUCAAGUAUGGCGAGUUCAAGUGGGUUUAUUGUAGAUCCGAGCCCUCCAGUGAAGGCAGAGGUAAUCACUAGUCACGUGGUGACUGACCAAAAACAGCGCAUUGUCGAAAUUCAUGUUUCUUGGGAUGGCACGCAGGACUACGAAAGUGGCAUUGAAAGCAGUGAUUACUGCCUAGGGACCACGCCUCGUACAUGUGUGGACGGUGCUACAAGAGUAGGACCGUCCACAACCGGGACCAUUGGCCCGUUCAAGCCUGAACUUCAAGCAGGUUAUUACGUCACUGUAAUUGUUGCAAACAGAGCUGGCCUUACAUCUGUCAUGUUUUCCAAGAAGCUAAUCUUUGACUCAACGCCUCCAACCCAAGGUACCGUACUUGACGGACUGGGCCAAGACACUGAUUUCACGGAUUCCAUGGAUUCUCUUUCGGUUCAGUGGGAAGGCUUUGAAGACGAGGAGACUGGCAUUGCUAGCUGUUCGUGGUCACUAAUAGAACAAUCUGCUUCUGACAAUAGUUCUACAUUUGGAAAUGACACUGUCGUGUUAACAGAGUCUGUGCCGAGCAGAGGCAAUCUCACUCGAGUAAAUCUCAAUCUUGUCCCAGGCGCCCGCUAUGUUAGCAAGAUAACUUGCUCGAAUGGUGAUGGUUUCAACUCCACGUCCUUCUCUGAUGGGAUCGUUGUUGACGUCACGGCAGCUAGUCCUGGUCUAGUACACGAUGGAUCGUCCCUUAAAAUUGAUAUGCAGUAUCAAUCCUCAUCAUCAGAGGUAGAGGCAAUAUGGGAACCGUUCAAGGAUCAAGAAAGUGGUGUAGUGAAAUAUCGCUGGAGCGUAGGCACUUCACCAGACAGAACUGACGUGCUAAAUUUCACAGACGUUGAUAUUAAAACCUUUGCCAAAACAUCAAACCUUACUCUCACUCACAGUCAGCGAUAUUACGUGACUGUUGAAGCUACAAAUGGUGCUGGAAUAACUUCACAUGGAUGGUCUGAUGGCUUUCUCGUGGACAUUUCUCCCCCUCUUUUAACAGAGGUAGGCGCUAGCAACUCUUCAGAACCAAUCAGAACUAAUCGUAAAACGUAAAUCUCAACUCCACUUUAAUUAAAAGCAGUUUCAUCAAAGAAACAAACAUUAUCUUGAAGUGGCAGAUUUAUUACAACAGCGCAUAAGCGAAACAGUUUUCACAUUAGAGGAACUGUUUACACGUUUUUUAGACCAAGAAGUGUUCAGAGUUUUUUUUUUUUUGCAUUUCUCCUCAAAAAUGGCUCGAAUUUCUGGGGUGACUAUUAGAUUUUUGGCCAUGAUGAAUGUAGAGCUACUCUGUAGAAAAGCCAUUAUUAAUUAUAAAAGUAACAAUGAUAAUAAUCAUCAUAGCUAUAACAAAAUUCUCAAAUCUGAAUGGCUAUCAACUGCCCUAAUUUCAGCCUUAAUAGGACAAUUUGAUAGGACAGUACGCGUCAUGCCCAAGUAAUUGGACAGUACGCGGUAAUGGGUAACAUUACUUCGUGUCCUCUAAUUCGGUCUGUAAUCAUACUCGUGAUUAAACAAAUCGGACUCCCGCUACAUGGUCGUCCGAUUUUGUUCAUCAGUCGUAUGAUUACAGACCGAAUUAAACUCCACUCAGUCCUGUUACCAUUAUUACUACUACUACUACUAUUACUACUACUACUACUACUACUACUACUACUACUACUACUACUACUACUACUACUACUACUACUACUAAUAUUAGUAGUAGUAGUAGUAGUAGUAGUAGUAGUAGUAGUAGUAGUAGUAGUAGUAGUAGUAGUAGUAGUAGAGAACAGUUUCUCGCUUUAAAAUCGUAUUCAACAAAAAAGUCGCAGAGAAAUCCUUUAAGAGGUUGCAUCUACCCCCUCGUUAUUCUGAGAGGUCAGAGAAGUUUUCUUUUUCUUAUUUUCAGCUUUCAAGUAGCUCAAAUGUAUGGCUUGGCCCCAAAGACAGCCUUAGCGUCUCUUGGAAAUCAAGCGAUCCCGAGAGUGACGUCAUAAAAACUGAAUUCUGCGUGGGAUCGAUUUCCAUUGGUUGCCAGAUUAAAUCUAUGACUGAGCUACCACCAAACGCCACCAAUGUAUCUUGCGAUGACUGUCAGUUAACCCACCUUGGAUCAUACUACGUUACAAUCCGAGUGACCAACGAGGCCGGUUUGUUUACCGUAGCAACAACGAAUGAAAUAAAAGUGGACUUAACAUCACCAGUGGUCGGUGACAUAGUUCAUGUGACGGAUGUCACGCCGUGCUUGAACAACUGCACCUUAAUUGCAAACAUUUCGUCAUUCCUCGACAAUGAAAGUGGUAUCAAGUUGUGCCGUUAUGCGAUACGAAACAGCAGUCACCUUUUGGGAGACUUUGUGAACAACGGAUUGGACAAAACUUUGAGAGCGGCAGGUCUGCAGUUACAGACUGGUGAAAGGUACUACUUUGUUGUUAGGUGCGAAAAUACCGUUGGACUUGUCACGGAAAAAACGUCUAUUGUGCCAGUGCUUGUUGACAACACACCUCCAAAGAAGGUAAAUUGAAUUUAUUUAGAGAACUCAUGGUCUUAACGCUUUUGCUGUUGUUUGAUGUGCUACUUAUCCUAAGCGCUCCUGCUUUGAUGAACCUUAUUCCGUCACCGGUAGGUGUUUAACUCGUAUCACAACAACAAACUUUAAAAAGUUUGAAAGAUGUUCAUAGGCAAGUAACGCAUUCGCAAAACAAAAGAUUCAUUCCCUGUUUAACCUACCCAAGCAACAAAUGUAGCCUUUAGCCUUUCCUGAAAAAUUGUGUUCCAUCACCCGUGUUCUAUAACGAGAACAAGUCGACACCUCUAUGAAGCAUGAUGCUUAUAAUUAGAGUAUGUGGAUAUAGCCGGAGAUAUAGCCUUAAAAGGCAAAUGAAUGGCCGCUUGCAAACAACUUUGUUCCCAGGGUCCUCUCCUAACCGUCUCUGCAGAGACUGGUAGGAGAGGAACCUAGGAAAGAGGUUGGCUUGUAAACAGUUGCGCCAUCAAAAGUGUUACUGGUUGAGGCUUUUCACAAUGAAGGGCUUCCACUUUCGGUCUCGGUGAAAGAAGAACCAUCACCUGCAAGCAUGCGUAUGCUGACAUCUGAAUAUCAACUUCUUUGUUUUUAGGGUGCAGUGAUAGUGAGCGCAGACCGCACGCAUGACGUGUUUGGCAUUCACUCAAGCUGCCACUUAUUUAACAGGACACUGCGGGCUCACUGGUUUGGUUUCAAUGACGACGAAUCAGGCAUCAGCGGCUUUCGCGUAGCAGUGGGAAAGAAACCCAAUACAGUGGACGUUUUGCCGUUUCAUGACGUUGGCAUGACAACAAAUAUCACCCUACCCUUAAAUAAUACCAAUGGGCUGUUUGAUGGGGACAUCGUGUAUGUAACAGUAGAGUCAAGCAAUCAAGCUGGUCUAACAACUUACAGCAGUUCUCCCCCUACAAGGCUGAUUUCAGCAGACAGCGAUGCUUACACAUCUGAAGGAGACUUUUACUGCUAUAAUGUUUAA